AUCCGUUCCCCUGCUUCUCCCCCUCCCCCGCUGCCUGGCACACAGCUCUCUUGGCUGGGGAAGGCAAGCAGGAAAGAGAGCAAGCGCCUGCCUGCCUUCCCCGCCGCCAGUCCCCCGGAGCCCAUAGGAACGCAUUGAUUAAGUUUCAGUGCAUUCCUAUGGGAAACCGGGACUCGCUAGACAAAUUUUUCGUAGGACGAAUUGAGUCCUGGAACGAAUUAAAUUCGUCUAGUGAGGCACCACUGUACAGAUUUUUUAAAAAUGCUAUUAGCAGCUGUCUGGAUGGCUGAUAAAUAUUGGGGUGGAGGAGAUGUGGAGGGAGAGUUUAUCCAUUUCCUGCCUUCUUGUAGUUACAAUGGAAAUAAUUUUGGGAAAACCCGUAAAGUUCUCAUUGGGACUUUGGGAGCUUUCCCCUAAUGCAGAGAGCACAUCUGGAGAAUGCUCCACAUCUGCUGUGAUCCCAGUGAUUUUCAGUCCCCUCCCAAGUGGAUGGUUAGUACAUUUUAAGAGGAGUUUAAGUCAUUGCAUAGUUUAUCCCUGAGCAGGGGCCAAUUUUGCCACACAUUUGAAGGUGUAAAGCCAAGGAAACUGACCAAGUGAUUGAGGAGUGGUGCUCCAAAACAAAUAUGGAGUGCUGCAGCCUGCAAAGAUGUCCUCACUCUAUUGAGUGGAGCUGCCUUCCUCAUAGAAAAAAAACAGGGAUGAUUAUACACGUAGGAGCUCUACUUGUGGGUGGCAGUGCAUAUGGUAGUCUGUCUCAGAGCUUUUUAAACUGUUGCUAUUAUUUCACACACUGGCAAAUCCAAGUUACGCAAUUCAAGUUGAUGAGGACUCUUGUACAACAAACCCACUCUUUCCUCCAAAUCAGACAUUUCAUGAUAAGGAAAGUGAUUGGAUGCACCGGAAAGUGGGGAAUGAUGAUCGCUUGACACAGUGUCAUGUAACUUCCCUGUAUGUUAAUCACAAUGAAUGCUCUAAACUCCACACAAUCUUUGUGCAUAUUAAUAAGGAUAAAUGUUCAAUAAACAGUUCAUCUGGAAGCAACCAGAGUAUUUCUAAAAGUGUAAGAUGUAAGGAUGAAGAUAACAGGAUAAUAGCAUUCUCAGAUGAUAUACAUAAUAGAGGAGCAGCUCACAGGCAAAUUUAAUCCACAAGCACAUUUUAUAUCAUGCAAUGAGGUAUGAACACGGUUUCAUUUAGAACCCCUUUGACUAAUGAUAUGAGAUAGGGCUGUAGCUAAAUACAGCUUUCUGCUACUAUCAUCUGGUAAUGCAUGAAAAACAGCUUGCAGGUUUUAGGAAGGCUUAUCUUUUGGAAGAGUGACUAAUUUGCCUUUGCAUAAAUAGGAGUUCAAAGGAAAUGAAUGCUGUUUAUCCAGGAUUUAGGGAAGAUUUUGUAAAAUAGAUCUAGUCUUGUGAAGCUCUAACCAUCUCCAGUUCCCUAGUAUUUGUGAUUUUUUUGUUUUUUGUUUUGUAUCUCUGGUUCUAAAAUACAAAGAAAAACAUACUGAAAAGGAGAAUCUGUACUAGCUUUAUAUGUUGCAGAAUUGUUUCAAAAUAACAGAAAUUGCAUUAUAUAAUCAGGUCACCAGAAUUAUACUUUGUUUUCUCAGCUAAGAUUAAUUUUGAUUAAUGGAAAUUUGGAUAAGGAAAGGAGGAGGAAUCUCUUUCUAAGUAGAAUAGUAUUAAGACUGAACUCAUGGAUUUUUUUAUUGUAUGAAAUUUGUUUAUACAGUAUGCAAUCUUGUAAGUGAACUGUUGGAACACAUGUUGCAUCUGUGAAUUAUAGGCCAUUUAAACUGACAGAUGUGCAGUUAAACUAUUUUAGCCUCAUGAACAAAACUAGUCUAGAACACACCAUUACAUUGCCUUUUAAAAAUUGUUUUUAUUAAAGGAUUUUCAUGGUUAACAAGGGUACAUACAAUGUCUCUGUUUUCAGAGGUAUGUGCCUGUAGUGGUGCAAUCUCUCCAGCAUUUAGGUGAGGUUCCUGGGUGUAUCAGUGCCAACUUCCGAGGUGUUAGGUACCAUCUAUAAAUUAGUUUCGAAGUCAGUUCUCUUCUUUUGGCUGAGAUUGACUUAAAGGGUGGUUUAGACCAUAGUUUAAACAAAGUUUUAAACACAGUUUGGUGGGGUCUUGAGUAGUAGUUUGUAUAUUGUGGAUACCAUCCCCUUGCUGUGCCCCUCUGUUGUAGAAGUUUUUCGAAGGUGUUCAGAGUGCUUUUGCUGCUGGGUUAUUUAAGAAGGUGUGCAGUUGGUGCUGGGUCAGCCAGGGUAUACAAAGUAGGGGACACCUUGUUUUCCCUAGUUUGUCUUUUAUUUUUUUUGUGUUAGUAUGGGUUUGACUUUUUUGUAGAAGUCUGUUAGGCUGUGUAAACCUUUGACUUGCCAUGUUUUUGUUUGGAAGCUGUGGGCUGCAUAGUGGAAUAUUGGGGUGGUGGCCAGGGGGAUGAAUAGGGUGGGGGCACUUCACCUGCUUUCUCCUUCCAUACUUUAAGCAUGGAUUGUGUGAACCUGUUUAGUGUUGUGAGGAUUUUAUUUCGUUUGUUUCCGAGGAAUGGACACACUGGUACUUCCAGUUGCAUUUCUCUCCAUGUGCAACCGUUGUUUUCUUUUAAAAAGCUGACAAAAAUAGCUUUGUGUUAAAACACUUUGGCUGGCGCAUUCAUAAUGCUUCUUAAUCAUUCAUAAUGGUUAAGAAUUCAUGCGUGGCCCACAGGUUCAGACACAACCUACUCCUCUUGGUUGUGAAUUUUCCUCUCCCUUUCAUUUUCAGAGCUAACCCAUUUUACAUUUGUACUGUAUCAAACUGCAAUUUGCAAAUAUGUUUGUAACCAUGGUGGGUUCAUGAGCUGUAGUUUGAACUAAAUGUGGCUUCGUUCCAUUAAUGGCAUUUAAAAGUAACUUGCUACUGUUUAUUCUUAGGGCAGUGUUUUGGGCAAUUUCUUAUACAUAAGAAAUUUGGCGGGCAGGAGUAAGGACUAUGGUAUUCAGUGAAUAAGUGACAUAUUUGCAUCUGAUGUUGCUGGGUAGCAUUCUAUACCCAGGGAUCUACAAUUUUGGGCUGGCUUGGCAGCUAUGUCAAAAAAAAAUAGUUUCCUACUCCCUGCCUAUCAUCUUCCUGCCACCUUCUUUCCAGCUGACAUUCCCUCUUCCAUCCACUGGCCUUUCCCAAGGGAAAAGAGAAAUUUACAUGCGGUGGGGUUGAGUGUACUUGAGUGCUGCUGCUUUAAUGUACCCACAGCAUCUUCAGGGAACAGCAUGCAACCCUGGAGAUGGGAAGCAGUGCAGAUCACAAUUCACAAACUGUGAUAAUCCUUGCCCAGUUCUCCAGGUUGACCAACCUGAGGGUGGUGCCGAGUGGAAUUGUGGGAGUCUGUAGAUACCAAAAGCAUUCUGUUUGAUUUUCCUUGUGUCUGCUGGCAAUGUCCAUGAUCUUGUCUGCCUCGGUGGUCCGUGUGAGAGAUGGACUCCCUCUAUCUGCUUCUACUGAUUAUGAGCAAAACAUUGGUGUGCAGGAGUGCCAAAAAUACUUCAAAACUAUUGCAAAGAGACUUUCUCAGCUUCCAGAUAGAUGCACACUUCAUGCAGGACUGUAUAACCUAAAUUUUAUUAGUUCCUUGGGAGUAAGUUACAUGAUGCUCUGCACUGAAAAUUACCCCAGUGUCCUGGCCUUCUGCUUCCUGGAUGAGCUUCAAAAGGAGUUCAUCACAACAUACAACAUGAUGAAGACAAAUACAGCUGUUAGACCAUACUGCUUCAUUGAGUUCGAUAAUUUCAUUCAGAGAACCAAGCAGAGAUAUAACCACCCACGGUCUCUGUCGACAAAGAUAAACCUUGCUGACAUGCAGACGGAAAUCAGGCUGAGACCACCUUAUCAAAUUUCCUUGUCUGAAUUGGGUUCAGCCAAUGGGUUUCCACAUGCACCUCUUCCAGAAUACAAAGGUACUGGGAAAAUAUCUACAGCCCCUCACCAGCGACUGGAACCUGUGACUCUGUCAGGGAUUGUUUCCUUUCUACUCAGCCUUUUAUGUGGGGCUUUGAAUUUAAUUCGUGGUGUUCAUGCCAUAGAAAGUCUUCUGCAGAACAACAGAGACGACCUAAGCUAUGUUAUUGCCUUUUUUCUCGGCGCAGCAGCUUGUUUAUAUCAGUGCUAUCUGUUUGUGUAUUGCACAGGCUGGCGGAACAUCAAGUCCUUCCUAAGUUUUGGCUUAAUCUGCUUAUGCAACAUGUAUCUCUAUGAACUACGCAACCUCUGGCAGAUCUUUUUCCAUGUGACUGUGAGCGCUUUUUCAACGUUACAGAUCCGAUUGAGACAGCCACAAGGGAAGGCCCCCGAUUACAAUGUGUGAUGGUUGUCCUACAGCAAGUCUCAAGGCAAACUUGAUCCAAGCAGUAUUCCUCUCAGGAAUGAAACACUUUUCUGCAAGACAGACGGUUCCCAUAGUCUAGGGCAUUAAUGACAGAGAAAUUCUUCUUCAAAGAAGAACUGGAAAUGGUUCGGGACCCUGUUGUGGGACAAAUGAAAACCCUGUGCAGGAGAAUGUACUUCAAGGGCAAAUUGAGAAGUUUGGAGGGGCAGCAUGAAAAUUCCACAUCCAGAAGUAUGAAAAUGGCAAGGAGCUUGUUCUGCAUAUCAAGUGAUUCCUUCAGUCUCAUACCAGGUUUGCCUUUGUGAGAUAGUAGAAAAGGCUGAAAUAAAAGGAUGGUGUUGCAUAUUAACGAACUGUUCAAAAUGAAUGAAUUUCUAAAUGCGAGAUUAUUGGAUGCACAUAAGUUUAAUGGUGUGUGUCUGCCUUUUCCUUAAUUAAAAUCUAACCCAGAACCAUCUGUUCAUGGGGAUUAGUUCCUGGGCCCCAAAGGCCUACCAUCUAGUGCAGUGCUAAUUCUGAAUUGCUUUGUUUCUACCCCUCCCCAACUUUUUCUGUGUAAUUUGCUUUGAAAGAAAUGAGGAAAGUGACUUCUCUCCCCCAGCCCCAAUAGCAAUCCCAUGUCAUCUUCCAUCCUUUUCUCUAAUGCUUGAAGGAUGAAAAGAAGUUGACUAGCCUCAUCUAGGAAAGAGCCUAACUUCUACUAAUUUCAAUUUAAUUGUCUAAGAAAAACUGUCCUGGGAACAAAGGAAAGUAACAUACUGAUUGUGGACAACAGAUCUAUUGUAGAAGAGGUGAGCAACCUGACAGAAGCCUACAGUGGACCAAAAGAGCCUGCCAUCAGCAGACCAAUGAGGAAGGGUGAUGGUUACUAAUUUCCACCCUCCUCUAACCCUCUGGAGCAGAUUUUUGGGUGAGCUGCAGGGAGGGAGAUUGGGGGGAAAAAACCCUAUUCCAUUCCCUCAUUUUGAGGAUUAUCACUGGAUACAACCCUACUAAUCUCACCCUAAUGAGAAAAGUAAAUCUGCUUAAGUGUUGCUGGAUUGCAUUGCAUCCUGUAUGUUAAGCAGCAGCUGUGAGAACAAAAUGCCUUCGCAAUGAAGGUAGCUGCAGACGUUUCCUCUAAUGUUUUAUGAUCCUCCUAGUCUUUAAUUGUAAGAUGUCACCUACACAAAAGUGGUAGGUUUUUUUUUUCCAGUAGGCAAGAAAAUCGUCUAGUCUUAAUUAUAAAUCCUAAGCUGCUCAACGCACUACAAUAACUUCUAAAGCAUUAUUUUGUAGGACAAUGCUGAGUGGGCAGAGACUACCCAAUCAGUAUACUCCCGCACUACUUGGAACAACCCUUCCCUUGAAUUAGAUGCUGUACCCCAGAAGUGACUGUUUUUGUCCCAGCUGCAAUUUUCACCCUUGAUAACCUCUGGGAAAUGGCCACCCAAAACCAUUGCGUGCACACAUAGGAGCUCCCUCAUCUACAUAGAUCAGCAGAGGAAGGGUUAAUCACCCUCUCCCUGCUUAUCAAAUGAUUGCUGGGGAGAUUUGCAUCCACAUCAGAGUGGAGAGUUCUACCCACUGUAGUGCUAGGUCUAUUUCUUUCUUUCUGCCACUACUGCCAAAAUGGGUGAAGCUUAUGGGGGGGGGGAGGUAGAGGCAGAUCAGGCCCUAGAUCUGGAGGUCAGGCAUUAUUUUGAAACCACAUGCAAGUAAUGUGUGAAGUAGUCCAAGUAUAUUUGUUGUAGACCCAAACAUUAAUAAUGAUACACAAAAAUUAUUCAUUUAUCAUGAUAGGCAUACAAAGAGUCCUAAACUGGGUCUUCCAGUUGCCCCAGUCUUGUUGCUGUUCUUGUAUGUUAUGUUUUCUUUACCUUCAUGAUAAUUUAAAAUAUAAGUAAAGGAACUCCUGCCAAAUGAGGAAAAAACUUACUCUGUUUGCCAUGGGAUGCUGCAUAUGAUGACUUUGGGCAUCAGUUUCCUAGCUGCAAAAUGGGAAUACUGAUCAUUUCAAUGAAAAUGUAAAGUGCAUUGUAGAAUAAAAGUGCUGUAUAAAUAAAUGCAGAAGCAGCUAUAAGAUGGUCAAGACUUCUGAAGCGAGGUCACUGCAACAUACAUGGGGGUCUUAAUGGGUAUUUUUUAUGAAGGUGUUUAUCACAGCCAACACUUCAAGAAUGGGACAUUAAUGAUAUAUACUGUAGGGUAGUGGGGUGGUGGGUAUACAGCUAGCACUAUAGGCGAUAUAACUUCUUUUUUGGAGCCUGCCCUAAAUACUUUCAUGUCUGUAAAGAGUCAUAGCCAAUGGCUGAGCAUGAAGAUGUUCAGGGCAUGCAACUUUGCUGAGGCUUUGACUUCUCCAGAAAGAAGUAAGCCUUCAUCUUGGAUUUCACACAUGUGACUAGAAGCACUGACUUAAAGUAUGCUUACAGAUGCAUAUUGCAGGCACACAAUCAAAGGGUGAAAAGCUACCAGAAUUGGUUUAAGGGUAAACAAAAAAAACCAUCAAAGAACACAGUGUUAUCUAUCAUAAGUUCCAUUAAGUGACUGUGCUGGAUUGUGGCCUAAUUUUUGGGGGGUGGUGGUGGGGGGACUAGGAAAGAUGCUGAGAGUUAUGCAAUACCAAAUGAUUUACAGUAAUUACCCUAACUGAAAAGAUCUAUAUCUAGCAAUCCACCUAAUGUUGUCUUAUGUAAUGGCUCCCAUCAUUUCUAAGUGCAAAUCGUGCUCAGGACCAUACUCUUAGCUAGCUUGGAACAUCUGAAAUGUUCCUCAUCUGUGCUGGAGAUCACCACUGUGCUUGCAAAAUUAACAACUAAGGGCAAUUUGCCCAUCUGCUUUCCCCACUCACCUUAACAGGGUCUAGCACAAGGAAAAGCAGCAGGCAGGGACCCCACUGAUGACUUAAAUAUGAGUUUAGGAUGAGUUUCUCCCUUAUUGUUGAGCCAGCAACCUUCCCUCCCAAUAUCUAGAGACUACCUUCAGAGAUAUUGGGCACCUGUGUUAUUAUUUUAAAACAGAAGAAAACAUGUAAAGAAAUAUAACCAGUUGAUUUCAGAAUAUUUUGUCCUAACAAUAUACAGCCAAGCACCAUAAUUUCAAACAGAAGAGACUUACCAUUCCAGGGAAGGAGAUCCAUAUGUGGGUGAAGGCUCCUUUACAUGCACAGGUAACAUAGAUUGAAUCUGGCACGUCUGUGUAAAUCCAAUUCUGCACCACGUUGCUCAUCUGUACUGAAUUACCCAGACCUGUAUUUAAAUGCAGAUGGCUAUGCUCUUGUGCACACACACACACAAAGCUACUAGUUCAAUUAGUUGAGUAGGACUAGACCACAGCCUACUGCUUCCAGCCUCCAAAGUUCUCCCAAAAAUACAGUUUUGUUGAAUUUGACAUAAAAAUGAAAUAUCCAAAUCAGCUCCUUAAUUUAGAACCCAAGGGCUGAGAUUAAUAGCCACCUUUGCUGUAUUCAUCUGAAUAUUUUACCAUUUUUCAUCCAGUCACAGAAGUGGAGAGAGACCAUUGUACAAAGUCCAGUCUCUUCUUUCUGUGAUGCAGCAGGCACAAAAUAUGACCUAGAAAUUCAUACGUGAGCAGGACUAUUUGUGGGGACAAAUUACACAAGUCUGGAGCCGCCUUACUGAACUGAUGAAGCAUAUCUGGUACGUUAUUGUGAUGCACAAAAUUCUAUUGUCACUCCCACCACAAAACAUUAAAUUACAUUCCUACUUAAUUUUGUAGCUUUUAAAAAAAUAAACCAGACUAAUGAAUAAAAUAGAAACAUUCACAAGUGAAACAGUGUUUUAAUAUAAUUGUUAAAUUACUUAAACAGAUUGCAAUUUCCAUGGGAAAUCAUAACUGUAUCACCUUUUGCAAGAGCCAGAAAAAAGACUGCAUACCCCUUGAAAUGAUCCUGACACAGUCAUCAAUCACAGUCAGAGAUACAGGUAACUGAAAACUGAAUUGACAACACAACUGCGCAAGGUGGUCUGCUCAAAUGUUAAGAAUGCACAUUUCAAAGCAGGAGGCAAACCUAAAACAAAAUGAUCCUAUAUUGUGCUAUUAAUUAAAAUUUGGAAGUGGUAAAUGACAGUAAGAAUGAAGGGUGGAAGGUGAUGAAGAACAAGCUGCAGUACUGUGUAAAUAAAGACCUUUGCAAAUCAAAUGGCAUUUCUUGAAAAGGUUCAAAAAUAUAGUACAAGGACAGACUUGGCAGUUUUCUAGGAAUCGGGCAACUAUACUAUCCAAGGGUGUGCCCUAGUAGAAAGGGAGGGGAUGAAAGGAAAGUGGGAUGCUACUGACACUCUAGUCUGAAACAGUUUAAUAGCAAUAUUACACAUAUCACUGAGACCAUGGAUUUUACCUUAUUUUUUGGUCAAAGGUGACACUAACCCCCGCCCCCUCUCCAAUUGCCAGUGCUGGGUAAUCAUUAGGUAAUGGAAAUUCUGCCCUGAGAAGAGUGGAAAAAGUAUGUGUCAAAAGGUUUGAGUCAUUUUUGAAAUUGCCAAAUUCAGUAUCAAAAGUUUUCCCCUACUGAAAUAUAAAAAUAUAGGUUUUUAUCCUUUUAUACUUUUUAAUAAAAUAUGAAGGGAACCUUGAUUUUAAAAGUUGAAAAUGUAUUUAACUCACUUAUACAUUUAGUAGCAGUCCCCCUCUUUUUAAAAAAAUAAGUAUUGUUCAGCAGGAUAGGCCACAUCAAUAUCUUUAGAGAAUCAAUCAAUACAUAUGUUUUAUUAUUGGGGGGGGGGGACUUGCCAAAGUCUUCAAACUGAAAUUCAUAAUAUAUGAAAUGGAAUUCAGCUCCCACAAUAUCAAUCCAGAAGAGUAAAAUUUCUGGGUAAUAUUCAGCGGCACUUACUUGUACAGACAGUUGUUACAUAAACUGUAAGCAUUCUUUCGAAAAGAAAUUCUUGAUUUGAUUGUUGUUCCUCUUAUUCUACUGUCCAGAGGCACACUCGAAGUGGCUUCAGGCAUAAUACCCUUGGUCACUUUCAGAAUUUUGAAUACAUAAUUUACCUAUUGCAUUCAGCUCCCUCUGAUGUUAGGAAUGAGCACAGCUGUUCUUGUUCUUCCUAUUUCAUCUCUGUCUAACUGUAGGUUUUCCUCACUUUAUUUCCUCUUUAAAAAAAUCAAACUUGAGCCCCUGCAUUAUUAUUAUUACUUCAGCUUGUUUGCUGGACUGUACAAUAUUUAUUUGAAAACUGCCAAGUCUGCAACUCUGAGAUAAUGAAAAGAAUAUCACACAAUUCUAUAGCUUAUGUACACCUCCCAAUGUGCCUGGCGUCCGAUCCAAAGAACUAUGAGCUCAGCAGAAGACUUCACACCCAUUGCUGGACUCAUGGAGACAAUCAGAGCUGCAGGGCAGAAACAUCCCAUAGCCCUGAUCAACUUUCAGACAGGAAAACAGAAGGGAAAGAGAGUGCUUGAACUCAGCCUGGGUGCCCGUUCCCUUGUUCCUAACAGUGACUAUCAGCUUCUUUGUCAAGUGCUGAUUGCCUGAUAAGGGAUUCAGGAUUGUGUCAAGAUGCCCCUGCUCUUGUCCUGCCUAACAGCUGACAGAGGCUUUGCUGGGUGCUCAGUUCUGGCUAUGAGUCCCCUUCAAACAGCUGUUUUGUGAACCUCACUACAACAGAGCUACACAUGGAUCACUGUUGCUCCAUUGGGGCAACUGUUUAAUACACAGAAUGUUCAAAAUAUAGAAUUUUGGUGUAUUUCUUAGAUCUCAUAAUCUUCCAUAUUAAAAAAUACAAAAAACUGCAGCUCAAAACCUUAGCAACCCUACACAUUUUGGAGAAAUCUCCCUGUGUUUCUCCAUGAGUGAAGUCUUUCAUGUGUAAACCAAUAAAUGCUGAACAGAAGUGAGAAGGCCUCCUCAUUUAAUAAAUAUGCUUGAAGCACCAUUUCCCCCUCACCUUAAGAACUAUUUCUCUCCUUUCACUUUCAGUAUAUCAGUUCUGGUAAAAAGAAGGAACUUCCUAUCUGUGUAAGGGUAGGGAUGGCAAGAGUACAUAACAAGGCAUCUUUUCCAUUAAAAAACCAUUACUGCUGAUGUCUUUAAAAAAGGCCCUUUUUGUAGAGCAAUAGUGGGUGGCGUUUUUAAUUUCAAAAGUCCGCUCAAACAGCUAAUAAGAGAACAGUGGCACACUUCAAGGAGUUAACAGCAUAGACCAGAAACACUCUGGGACUGCACAGCCUUUCCAGAGUAAUGCUGUUCCUUUUUGUCCUUUUGUUGCAAUGAAUCAAAAUUUCCUUCAACCAAGGAAAAAACCUUGCGUUGCUUCAAAUAAAUACUUAAAUAUCUUAAGUCCUGUGUAGCAGCCUCAUUGAAGAUCUCAAAUCCAUGUCUUCAUUUCGAAUUCCAUUCAGCAAAAAAUCUUUGGUCAAUUCAUUUACACUCAACCUAGAAAAAAUCCACAGCAGUGCUAGGUAACUUCCGAAUGGUGUGCCACAUAGCCCAAACUGUGUCCCCCCCUCCCCCACUUCUUGCACACACUCCUGCUAGGAAGGCAGCAUAUGAAAUACUCAACUGUGCCUUGGUAUUAGAUUCGCUGCUAAGCAGCAGCCGAUAUGUUUUUUUUGCCAACUCGUAUUUAAAUCAAACUGAGCCAUUCUUGAGUCAUUCUUGCCCACUGCUGUUAACUUGCCAGUGGGGGGCCUUCGUUUAGGAAGUAGGUGGUCAUUUCUCCUUUACCUUUGACCUUAACAACCCCUCGGCAUUCUAGUUGAUAGUUGUUGACUGUUAAAACUUGGUACAUGUCUGUGGUCACCUGUGGAGUUUUAAAAAGAAUGGAUCAGAAAAGAGUUGAAUAAAUUGCAAUUGACACAAUUCAAGGCAAGCCUGGUAUUCUCAAGCAGCGCUGAUGGAAGAAGCACUGUCAUUUCACUAAAAAUUACUAUGAUUGCACCCAUAAGAAAAAUGGCUGAUGACAUUAAAAGUGAGUUUCAGAUCAUUUCAGAGAAAGACUCAUAGUGUUCACACGUCCCCUUAGGCUCCUAAAAGGACAAUGGCAAGUCAGAGACAUGCGAGUAAGGAGAAGGAAUAGGUGAAUCUAUCAAUUUUGGUUUCUCUCGGUAUCUUGUUUUUCAGCUUUGACAAUGCCAAUCUGUUGUAGAGGACGAGAGACUGGAUCAAGUUUCCCAUUCUCUUUCCACCCUGUGAGCAUGAUCCCUGUCAGCUUGAAAUCAGGCCAUCUCUCUCAAAGAGAUAAUAAGCAGUGUGGACAAUAACUGUGUGAAUAACGUACUAGGUGGCUAAGUGUUCACACAGUAUUAGAUAGGUAUGUAUCUCUGGAUCAGAGCAAGAUGAAUUAACCCAUCUUAUGGUUAUUGCUCAGCAAGAACAACAUGAAAAUACUUGUGCUUUUUUACAAAGGAAGAAACAGAUGCAGGGAUUCUCAACAUAGAUUCCUUCAUAUUUCACCCCCUACCCCCAGCACAGAGAUGAAACACUAAGCUGGAUAAAGCAUGAAAUAUGUAAAGUAAGAAAGAAGGACAAAUUACAUGGAUCUGAAGUGACUUCAUGUGUCAGCUGCCACAUUUUUUAUGCUUGGUUAAAAGUUUUUACUUGGGGUGGUAAAUAUCUACCCCCAAGUAGAAUACAUAAAAUGUACAUAUAGAUUACUUCUCACUUCUACUAGUGGUUUAUUUAAAUACGCAUAAGAGAAAAACAGUUUUAGGGAGGAGGAGAGGUGCCAAUAAGACUCACCUGAAUCCUGUCGGGCACUCCUGUGCUGUCCAUUCGGCUGGCUACAUUCACAGUAUUCCCCCAAAUAUCAUACUGGGGCUUACGUGCGCCUAUGACCCCAGCUACUACUGGGCCAAUAUUGAGCCCUAGCAAAGAAAUAGUAUGGAAUUAGACAUGAGGGUUUAAAGUACAUCUUAUAAGUUAUCACACCUGCAGGAGGACUGCAACUAUCUGAUUCCUCCCCAGGCAUAAAUUGACCAGAGCUCAUUUUUGAAUGGCCAACCUUUUGAGGGCUAUAUGACAAAAUGUGCCAUGAUUCUAUGAUCAGGUAUUAUUAUAAUUGUCCUUUUUUUUUUGCUGUAUGAUGUAUAUUAUUCUGUGUUGGUAUCUAAAUAUGGUCCUAUGGCCGUAAUAAAGUAUUUUGGGUUUUAUUAUUAUAAAUGAACAAAGGUUUAAAGCAGACUCCACAUGGUGGCUGUAAUGUGUGUACCACUCCUAAGACUUGAAACGUUACCAGUUGAGAGUGAGGUAAAUUCAUCCAGUGCUACCUUCCCUGGUCUUUGAAAUCUAUGAUAUCAAAGAUUUGUGGUCUUUGAAACUUGUGAUACCUGCAUAUAAAUAUCCUACACUGAUUAGUUCUCUGCCUGUUGUAGCAAUUGCAAAGCACUACGCUAGAUGCUGUAUGAUUUUUAUUGCAUUUUUAUUGCUUCUAUCUAUCUAUCACUAUAUCUCUAUAUAUAAUUUUAUUGUAUUACAAUUUGAAUUCCACAGAAUUCAUACGGCAAGUGUUCUUCACAGGCACAGCUCAGACUACCUGAAUGAAGCUUGGGGACCACAGUUUGGGAACUCCUGUCCUAUACUAUCUAACUGCUUCUCAGAAAACUCACUGGAGCUUAUUUUUUACUCGAUAUCAGUAUAUUGUAUCUUGAUAUCCAGAAUUAUGAACAUGAAUAACAGUGCACCAAGAGCACUCAUGCUCAACACUCAGAAUAAAUGAUCUAUUAAAAAUGUUAUAAAAUCUGCUUCUUUGGCAGACAUUCUCAAUUUACACAUUACAUUCUAAACUUUGUUGGUCUAUAGUGGAGCAUACAUGGAGAAAGAAGCCUCAAUCUAGACAUCCUUGUGAAUCAACCGACUGAACCUGAGGCAUUCCCAGUCAAACAUAUAAAAAUAUAGCAUAUAAGAAGAGACUUGCUGGAUCAGGCCCAAAGGCCCAUGUAGCCCAGCAUACUGUUCUCACAGUGGCCAGCCUCAAAAAAAGGGGCCUGAAUGCAAGAUGGCUGGCCUUGUCGGUUUUGACUGAGUGGAAGGAAGUACGGGUGCUUGACUCAGUUCUUCCCAAACAAUGGUGAUGGCUCUAGGAAUCCAGUAAGAAUGAAGGAAAAUGGUGUCAAGCACCUGUAUGCAUGCAGAUUAGCUUUACAGGAUCAGGUUGAAAGAGCUCUUGCUCCGCCUCCACUUCAAGUGUUAUUAUUAUUAUUAUUUAUUUAUACCCCGCCCAUCUGGCUGGGUUUCCCCCACCACUCUGGGCAGCUUCCAACAAUACUAAAAUACAUUAAAAUAUCACAGAUUUAAAACUUCCCUAAACAGUGUGUGUGCAUUUAUCCAUUUCAGAUUCAAAUAUGAAAGACAGUUUUCCAGUGUUCUACAUGACAAAACAGUUGUAACAGCAAUGUCCUUUCUAAAGCACUAAUGUGGGCAGAAAACUAAUUUUGUUUGGCUUUAGAUCUUCCCGUGUGCAAUUGGCCACUAAUCUCCAGUUGGGAAUGUUAUGUAAUGGGGUCAAAUUUCUGCAGGAAACACAACCAACGCUGCAGAUCAAGAAUACUCCAUUAAGUGCUAAUUUAAUUCAGUAGAGACAGCACCAAUUAACACGUGGCAUUUGCACUUUUAACCACAGAGGAAAAACUCCAGAAGCAUAACACCAUAACAAAUUUACCUAUUUUCAUCUGGAAGUUGUUGAACGAAUGCUCAUUGAUGUAUUUCAUUUGAUCCAUUAACCUCAUUGCGAAGUCAGCCAGGGCCUUGAUGUGUGACUUGCCCACUUUGUCAUAGGUGGAAUCAUUGAGGCCUGAAGCAGCCAUAUAUGUGCUGCCUAUAGUUUUGAUCUUUUCCAGCUGUCGGAACUGGUCCUCGCUUAUUAUCUGCAGAGGCAACAAAGGAACAAAGUUAUUGAAAAGGACAUGUGUAAAUCAAUAUACACUGUUUGCCUGAUCUGUACAAGACCCAGAUAUGAUCAUGCACACUGUAGCUUGCAUAACACAUGUUCUAAUGUGCUUCCCAUAUGAAGCGAAAGUUCAUGAACUGUUUUGAUCCUGCACAUAGACAGGGUGAUGUCCUAAACCCUAUUUUUGCUUCUUCAAAUUGAUGAGGAAAGAAAAGUAAGAUUUUGCACUAGGAUAUCAGGUCACGAGACGCAAUGCCCCUUCAGUUUGGAUCUACAUCAGGUCCUGGCACGAGUGUGUCAGUACUUGCUGUCAUGUGCAAGGUGAUUGAGUUAGGACCAUUUGCACUUUUAAUCAUAUGCGAUGGGUAAACUCUUCCCUAGGUAUUCUGUUCCAUGGUACCCACUAGCCUUCCUGAGUUAUAAAAGCAACAGUGGCCAGUGCAAAUAAACGCUUGCUGUAACUGGUAAUCAUAGAGGAGGUAGAACUUUCCUAGGAGCCUCUGCACAAGCAUGAGACCAUUUCAGCUGACCUGGAAAAAAAUUAUUGUUUCCACUGCUGCACUUAUACAGAUCCAUGGGAGCAGAGCAUGAAGUGAUUAAAACGGCUGUUGACCAGGAAAUGAAAUCAACAGGAAAUGAAGUCAACAGGCCAGGAUACAAAGAACUAGGAAACUAGUUCUAUGAGCUGAGGAAGACUUGCAAGCCAGGUAGCGUUCUGUGUCCUACCCAUAGCCAUGGGUGGAUAGUUUAUUUAGGAGUAUAUUGCAUUGUCUGGGCUCAGCAGCACCUUUCAGUAUAUAGUAAUUCUAUAUAGUGUAAGGUGUAGUAAUGUAUUUCUAUUGAUACCUCUG